CCGCCCGCUUGCUUCCGGUGAAUUCACAACAUCCAAGAUGUCUGCCGCCAUAGCUUCCCUCGUUUCUUAUGGAAGCGAUUCUGAUUCAGAAAAUGAUUCGGAACCAAAUACUAGCGUCGAGAAAGACGGGCCAGUGGACCCGGACGCCACAGCUCACCUUAAACCUUUGCAGACAGGUCGCACAAUGUCUUUGGCUGUUCUCAAUUCUGCCCCAGAGGUCGCCGUUAAGGAGUCUGUUGAGACUGGUACACACUUGGACCCUUCGUUGAAAGAAGUUACUUAUAACCCCACAUUUGAAACUAUGUUUGCACCUGAGUUUGGGCCAAUGAAUCCUUUUAGAACCCAACAGAUGGCUGCCCCAAGGAACAUGUUGUCUGGCUAUGCAGAACCUGCUCAUGUCAAUGACUUCAUGUUUGAACAGCAGAGGAGGACCUUCUCCACCUAUGGUUAUGCUUUAGAUCCAUCUAUUGACACACACCAACCAUCCUCCAACGGCUACAUUGGUGCAGUGGAUGAGGCUGAAAAAAAUAAAGGGCUAACUGUGUUUGAAACUGGACAUAAGAAGGCAGAGAAACGGAAAAAGAUCAAAGGUGGAGAAGCAGGCGAGAUUGAAGGUUUCCUUGGGCCAUGGGCAAAAUAUGCAGAUGAGAAGGAUGUGGCAAAACCCACAGAUGAUGAGAAGAAAGAGUUGGAAGAGAUCAUAGCCAAGCGGCAGAAGAAAGGAAAGAAUGAGGAAGAGUCUCCAGCAGAAGAGAAGACCGUUCUUCAUGUUAAAGAAAUGUAUGACUACCAGGGCAGGUCGUACCUUCAUGUUCCACAGGAUGUUGGCGUCAACCUGCGUUCUGGCGAAGUUCCAGACAAGUGUUAUCUGCCAAAAAAACAGAUUCAUGUCUGGUCUGGGCACACCAAGGGUGUCAGCGCAAUCCGACUAUUUCCUAGCUCUGGUCAUCUACUUCUCUCCUGCUCUAUGGAUUGUAAGAUUAAGCUGUGGGAAGUGUACAACGAGAGGAGGUGUAUUCGGACUUUUAUUGGCCAUAGCAAAGCAGUGCGAGACAUUUGCUUCAACAACACUGGGACACAGUUCCUCAGCGCUGGGUAUGACCGCUACUUAAAACUGUGGGACUCAGAAACUGGCCAGUGUAUUUCCCGCUUUACCAACAGGAAGGUACCGUACUGCGUCAAGUUCAACCCAGACGAAGACAAACAGAACCUUUUUGUUGCCGGCAUGUCUGAUAAGAAGAUUGUUCAGUGGGACAUCAGGACAGGUGAGGUGGUUCAAGAAUACGACCGUCACCUGGGAGCUGUGAACACCAUCACCUUCGUUGAUGACCACCGUCGCUUUGUCAGCACAUCCGAUGACAAGAGCCUCCGAGUCUGGGAGUGGGACAUCCCUGUGGACUUCAAGUACAUUGCUGAGCCCAGUAUGCACUCCAUGCCAGCUGUGACACUCUCUCCCAAUGGUAAAUGGCUCGCCUGCCAGUCUAUGGACAACCAAAUUCUGAUCUUUGGAGCCCAAAACCGCUUCAGACUGAACAAGAAGAAGAUUUUUAAAGGCCACAUGGUGGCUGGCUACGCCUGUCAAGUGGACUUUUCCCCAGACAUGAGCUACGUGGUCUCAGGAGAUGCAGAUGGAAAGCUGAACAUCUGGGACUGGAAAACCACCAAGCUGUACCACAGGAUCAAGGCUCAUGACAAGGUUUGCAUCAGCGCCCUGUGGCAUCCACACGAAACGUCCAAGGUCAUCACUUGCGGAUGGGAUGGACAGAUCAAACUCUGGGAUUAGAUCCAGUCUUGUGUGUUGGGGUAAGGGGGUUCUGAGACGGGAAUCUAAUUGUCCUAUUGAUUUAGAUUAAUUUUUGGCAUGGUUUUUGCCACAAGACUGGUAUCCAGUCUUAUAGUAGCAGUGUAUUUUUGUAUCUCGUUAUGCCCGAUUAUGUACUCCAUAAUGUUUGUACAAAAAAAUUAAGACUUUUAAAAUUGCUUCUACUGCAAAAAGCUCAUUUGACAGACAUUGUUUUAACCUCCAGUGUUCACUGUAGUACACAUUUUGUGGUAAAAUCUUUCUUUUUCAGUUGUUUGACCAUCCCUUUAUGGAAAUAAACAUUCUGUACAUUUCA